AUGACUCUUUUAGAAGAUCCUUGUCAAAAUUCAGUGAUUGCAAGAGCAAUUACUCAAAAUAGCUAUGAAAUAGAGAACAAUGCACUUUUCUAUGUCUUAUUGAGCUUGUUUAACAUAGGGAUGAAUGAACAUCAACUGGAAAAAGUGUAUCAAUGUAUGACAAAGAAAAAGAAGCCAUUGGUCAUGCCUAAACUAUCUAAACUCCAGAGUCCAAUGCACUCACAUAUGUGGCAAGACUAUCUUGGUGAUACAGACAUGUAUUUUACAUACCUUGAAUUCUUUUGUCAUCAAAUACACUGUUAUGGGAUUAAGUCAGUGAUGGACCAAUACUAUUAUUAUGGUCCUCUCUCUCAAUCCAUUGGCUCUCCUUUGAUUCAUUUGGCUAUGGGUAUACAGCAUCAUCAAAGCCAAGUAGUAGCACAGGGAUUAGCUCAUUUAGCCUCUACUUUUCAAAAUGCUAGUUUUAUUGUAAACUCGUCUUCAGGCUGCUUUACUGCACAUCAAAUCCUUGUUGAUCAAAUCCGAGUAGAUCCGAGAUUUAGUUUACAAUCCAAGCAACUGCUUAAAAAUGCUCAAGAGCUGCUUAAAGACUAUGUUAGUCUAUGGAAAAUGCCUCCUGAUGGACUGAAUGAAUUGCGUCUGCUUACAGUUCAGAUGAUGGUGGCCCUUGAAGAGAUGUCCUUGUUACUCAACACAAUCAAUGCACUAAACAUUCUUUAUCCAAACAAUUCUUGCCCUGAACAUAUGGUGCGUAUUCAACUCUUGAAUUUGAUGUGUUACUAUAUUCACCAAGGACGCCCUUUGAUUCCAAUAAUGGAACGAUAG